UUGGGCUGUUUGAACGUGCCAGAGGGUAAGAGAGAGAGGGAGAGGGACAUUUUCAGGACUGAGGAAAUAGAAGUGUUACUACUGGGUUGUGCUGCCUGGCGCUAGAAGACCGACAUGGAGAAUAUGCAUCGCCCCACAGCACACACAGACACCGGACACCACGUAAAAUGUGAUUUUCAAAGGCCUCACUAUCAGCGGUGAUUUUUCCACUUCUCCCAUUCCUUUUUUAAUUUUUAUUUUGCGCUGCCUCCUCUCUCCUUAUUUCUGUGUGUGGAUCCUCCCUCCCUCCCUCCACCACUUCUGUCACUCUCUCCAUUUCCAAAGGAGGGAUCUGUGAAUCAAGUGCAACAGAAGAAGAACAUGAGUCUUGGGGAAUGAUGCCGCUGCCGUUUGUGCCACCCUCCCUGUCGCCAUGACGAUGCCACUCAGCCCCCUCUCCAGUGACGAGGAGCAGCAAAGGAUGCUGGGAAACAAUAGACAUCUAUAUCCUGGGGCAGAGGACGAGGAAGAGGAGGAGGAAGAUGAAGAAGAGGAGGGUGAGGAAGAUGACCGUGAUGCAGAGGGAGAAGAUGGGGAGAAUGGAGAGCUGGAGGGAGAAGAGGAGGAAGAGGAAGUGGAGGAAGUCAGGCGAGGAGGAGGCAUGUCGCGAGGAGGCAGGGAUGAGGGGCACAGGCAAUUAGGCAAAAUGACUGGACGACCUACAGGAGACAGACAGAUACGACCCGGCAACAUUGGGCACACAGUAAACCCUUAUUCGUCCAACCAUGGACCCAACCAUCAACAGCCAGCCAAUCAGCAGCAGCAGAAGAGGCUGAGAGAGCAUAGCUCCAGUAGGGCGCCGUCAGAGGACGCCCACAUCGCCAUGAUGGUGUUCCGCAUCGGCAUCCCCGACAUCAAACAGACGAAGUGUUUGCGGUUCAACCCGGAUGCGACCGUUUGGAAGGCCAAGCAGCAGGUGCUAUGUUCUCUGACCGAUUCGUUGCGGGAUGUGUUGAACUACGGCUUGUUCCAACCAGCCACCGAAGGCCAUGACGCCAAGUUCCUGGAGGAGGAGAAGAUGCUGAGAGAGUACCCACAAUCCUUUGAGAAGGGGGUACCAUAUCUGGAGUUUCGUUAUAAGACCAGAGUGUACAAACAGACCAAUCUAGAUGAGAAACAGCUGGCUAAACUGCACACUAAGGCCAGUCUAAAGAAGUUCAUGGACUAUAUCCAAAGUGGCUCUGUGGACAAGAUGGCCAAGUUCUUGGACAAAGGGCUUGACCCCAACUACCAGGACCCUGACACGGGAGAAACCCCCCUGACGUUGGCGGUGCAAUGUGAGCCGGGGGGAGGGGAGGCCAUACGGGGGCUGGUGCUGGGAGGGGCUCAUCUUGAUUUCAGGUCCAAGGACGGACUCACACCUCUACACAAGGCUGUCCGCAGCCACUGCCACACAGCCUUGCUGACCUUGCUGUCUCUGGGUGCGUCUCCAGACUAUAAGGACCGGCGGGGGCUGACUCCGCUCUACCACACUGUGCUGACAGGGGGCGACACCUCCUGCUGUGAGACCCUGCUCCACCACCGCGCCAAGCUGGGUGUCAGGGACGAGAACGGCUGGGAUGAGACACACCAGGCCUGUCAGAAUGGCAACGCCCAGCAUCUGGAGCACCUUCUUUUUUAUGGGGCAGACUCCACUUCCCAGAAUGCCUCAGGAAACACUGCCUUGCACGUUUGUGCUUUAUACAACAAGGACAGCUGUGCACGAAUUCUACUUUACAGGGGAGCCAAUAAAGACACAAAGAAUAACAGUGGGCAGAACCCAUUUCAGGUGGCUGUCAUGUCCGGCCAUUUUGAACUAGGAGAGAUUAUCAAAAACCACCGGGACACAUAUGUAGUACCUUUUCUUGAGUCUCCCAAAUACGCCCCUCAGAGGCGAGAGAGUGCACCGCGCACCCUGGCGCUGCCCCACCCUCACCCCUUCCUGCGUGCCAACAGUGAUAACAGUAUGAACCUGCCUGACUGGAUGGCACUGCCCAAUACACCAGGCUCCAACAUAGUGUCUGUACAGGGCUAUAAGCAUUCAGGUACCAUGCGUAGCUCCAGUAGUCCCCGUGGGGCGCGAACUCGCUCCCCGUCCAGAGGGAGAGCAGGGGAUAAGGAGGACAGAAGUCGGCAGAGUCGGAGGCAGGGAGGAGGCGGAGGGGGAGCAGGAGAAGGAGGGGGAGCAGGAGAAGGAGCAGGAGAGGCGGAGUCUGUCAGCAGCAAUACGGUUACGGCAGCAGGGGGCCAGCGGAGGCGUCUCUACAGCGCCGUCCCAGGACGUGUGUUUGUGGCCACGCGUUCCCACUCUGCCCAGGGAGACAGAGAGAUUAGCAUCAGCAAGGGAGACAAAGUCAAAGUGCUGAGUGUGGGCGAGGGAGGGUUCUGGGAGGGCACGGUUAAGGGACGGACCGGCUGGUUCCCCUCAGACUGUGUAGAGGAAGUGGCAGUCCGUAGCCAGGACAACCGCUCAGAGAGCCGCAGUGAGAAAGCCAAGAGACUGUUCCGCCAUUACACCGUGGGCUCCUACGACAGCUUCGACGCUCCCAGUGACUAUAUCAUCAAGGAGAAGACAGUGCUUCUGCAGAAAAAAGACAGUGAGGGUUUUGGCUUUGUGCUGAGAGGAGCCAAGGCUCAGACCCCCAUCGAGGAGUUCACUCCCACCCCAGCCUUCCCAGCACUGCAGUACCUGGAGUCUGUCGACGAAGGAGGCGUGGCCUGGAGAGCCGGUCUGAGAAUGGGAGACUUCCUCAUUGAGGUGAAUGGUCAGAAUGUGGUGAAGGUGGGACACAGGCAGGUGGUCAACAUGAUCAGGCAAGGUGGAAACGCCCUCAUGGUCAAGGUUGUCAUGGUGACACGUAACCCUGACAUGGAGGAUGGCCAGAGAAAGAAAAUCCCCCAACAGAGUAAAAGACUAAGCACUCCGGCCAUCGCUCUCCGCUCCAAAUCCAUGACCUCAGAACUGGAGGAGAUGGCUGCUACCCCCUGGAAAAAAAAAUCAGAAUUCGAGUCUUCACAAGUUACAGAGAAGAAGAGGACAGUCUAUCAGAUGGCUUUGAAUAAGCUAGAUGAGAUCCUGGCAGCAGCUCAGCAGACAAUCAGCACCAAUGAGGGGCAAGGGACGCGGGUUCAGGGGGCAAGGAGAGACAGGAGCCGGGGCUCCUUUUACGCCAAUGAGCCAAAUUACGACCAGUCAGAAAUGGGGAUGACCGGGCUGGGCUAUGACCGCGCCCAGUUCACAUCAGGCCACGCCCCUCCACACGGUAUGCUGCGACAGAAAUCCAUCGGGGUGACUGAAGAGGAGAAGUCCCAUCUCAAUCCUCCGGCCAUGAAGUUUGCCCGAAGUCUCUCGGUUCCCGGCCCAGAUGACAUCCCCCCGCCCCCCACCACCGCCCCACCAGACCCCCCCUUCUCCUCCGCCCCACCACUGGGCUGGAGAGGGGGCAAGUCUUCCCAGCAGCCCUCUGUGGCCGUGUCCCAGUCCACCUCCACAGCAGCCCACUACCAGCUCUACUCUCAGUCUGUGCACUUCACCCACGGGGGCCGCGAAAGGGCAGGGGGGCCCAGUACCGGCACUGGAGGAGGAGCGGUGGACCACACGCACCAGUACUCUAAUGCCCCCGCCCACGCCGCUCAGAGCAGGACUGCCUCUAGGAAAGGGGGCUACCCAGGGGAGCCUGUUGGAUCAGGAGGGGGAGGAGGAGUGGGGGUGGGCAAGGCUGCAGGUCUAAGGAGGGGCUACAGUAACGCCGCCCCACCUUCAGGCAGUGCCACAGUGAUGCCCCAGCAGCAGCAGACCACCCAGAGCCAGCCGCAGAGGGCAGACCACAGUGCGGCUGGGGGGGCUGGAGAGGGAGUACCUAAAGGAGGGGGGGCGCGGAGAGGGAAGGGCCCUCUGGUAAAGCAGUCCAAGGUGGAUGACCUGCGGGCUGGCCAGUGCACGCUGGGGGGCAAGGCCCCAGUGGAGAAGAGCUCCAUCCCCAUCCCCACCAUCAUAGUCAAGGCCCCCUCCAUCAGCAGUGGCAGUGGCCGCAGCAGCCAGGGCAGCAGUGUGGAGGCUGAGCCCACCCCCCCAGGGGAGACCGACAGAACCCAACCCCCCCACGGACCCCCUUCCACCCCAGCCCCGCCACCCCCUGCUCCUCCCUCCAUCCCGGCCCCUCCACCACCCUCCUUCCGAGGCCAGGAUAGUGAUUUCACCAGCCAGUUUGGGGCGGCCAUCGUGGGCGCAGCCCGCCGGGACAGGGAACGCUUCCAUGAGGCCCGCAGGAAGAGCGCCUCCAUCUUCAUGUCUGCCGAGGAGGAGGUGGGGCCAGGGGGAGGGGGAGGAGGAGGAGGAGGAGGGGGGGCAGGCAGGACACAGACCUCUCAGCAGCAGCAGUUCAGCCCCCAGUCCGGUGGCCCCCCACGCCUACGGCCCUCCAAGUCCAUCGACGAGGGCAUGUUCUCUGGGGACACCUUCAUCCACCACACCCGCAGCAUGCCCCCUGCCUUCGGCCUGCCAGAGUACUCCUCCCCAGCUCCAGACUACCAGCCCAAGUCUGUUCCGGCUGACUUCUACGGGGCGUCAAGCCGGCAGCAGGUCCCCUCUGGCACCACCUUCAUCCACCCCCUGACAGGAAAGGUCCUGGACCCCUCGUCCCCCCUGGGUCUGGCCCUGGCUGCCAGGGAGCGGGCCCUGAAGGACGACGGCAGGAUGAGGAGGGAGAGAGGGACCGAGCACCAGUUUGUACGACAGAUGUCCAGUGUGGUGACAUUCCCCUCCCAGGCCACCUCCCCCACACCGGCUUCCUCAGCCACCCAUUCCUCCAGCUCCUCCUACCUGGUCACCUCCUCCUCCCUAGCCGCCACCACCUCCUCCACCAGCCGACCCCCCUCCCCCAGGAUCCUCAGGGGUGCAGGCUGGGGCGAGGAGGGGGGAGGAGGGGAGCGGGAGAGGGAGGGUGGCGGGGCCAGAGAGGGGCUGAGGGUGCGCUUCUCUGAGGACAAAACAGUCCACACACAUCACUACCAGUCCCAGCACUACCAACCCUCCUACAGGGAGGAAAGACAGAGGGAGAGGUCGAGAGAGAGGGAGAGGUCAAGAGAGAGGGAGAGGUCGAGAGAAAGAGAGCGGGACAGAGAGGGGUACAUGAGGCAGCAGACAGCACCUACCCAGCAGCCCCUCAGCUGUCGUCCCAGCAGCCUCGCCAGGCCUCGUUUCUGA